ACCUAAUAAAAGAUAAACCCUAGUUGCAACCCGUGGAGUAGGUUACUGACCGAAUGUUGGGUGUUUCUUUGGCCAAAGUAGCAAGGUUGCCAGGCUGUUGGCAGAAUUGCGUUCUUAACUUUGGAUGGACGUAUCUCACGAACCGUAACUCGGAAUUGAGUGAAAUCAGUGGCCAGACGAAGAUAAAAGGAUAAACUUCCAAACUGGAAAGUUUCACUUUGAAAUCAGUUUUGCACCUUUCUCCGUGAUCACUUCUUUGGGGCUGAAAUUUUCAGGAGCAAUUUUCAGCAGUCUUGUUUUUGUGCAACAUGAGUGAAGCUGGUCCUCUGGGUAAUCGUCGAGACUUGAGAAAGUCGUCGAACCAGGCUCUGAUACCAGAUGUUAGGGGUGAACCGGGGGUCUUACCAAGUUGUUAUUUUUGGAGAUGGAAUUGUGGAAUAAUGAAGGGGAAAUGGGCUGGAUGAAAAUAUGGGAAUGUGAAGGAGUUCUUUUUGGGUUUUGAUAUUAUGAAGAAGAGUGGAAAAUCAGGGAUGAAGGAUGGGCCGUUAUUCCUUGAUUUUUUCUCUGGUUUUUUUUCUCUCGUUUUGCAAUGGCCGAGGAAGGGAGGGUUCGAAUCGAGAAGUUCAACGGAACUGAUUUUGCAUGGUGGAAAAUGCAAAUAGAGGCGUUGCUUGGUGAGUGCGAUUUGGACAUGGUACUGGAAGAGAAACCGGAUGGAAUGGAUAAGGCUGCUGAAGUAAUUUGGGACUCAAAGGACAAAAAGGCAAGAGGUAAAAUUACACUAGCUUUGACGAGGAGUGUGGCGUUUAAUAUCAUGAAGGAAACAACUGCUCGUGGUAUGUUAACAGCUCUGUCAAAUAUGUAUGAGAAACCAUCGGCCGGUAAUAGAGUGUUCUUGAUGAGGGAAUUGUUCAUGAUGAGAAUGAACGAGGGCAGCCCAGUUGCUGAUCACAUUAAUGAGGUCAAUUCGAUCUUGUCGAGGUUGUCAUCAGUAGGCAUGAAGUUCGAUGAUGACACUCAGGCUGUGAUUCUGUUAUCUUCCUUGCCUGAUAGUUGGUCGGGAUUUGUGACAACGGUUACUGAAACUGCUGGAACAGGAAACUUGAAGUUUGAUCGGAUACGGGAUAGUGUUUUGGGUGAAGACAUUCGCCGGAGGAACGCUAGUGGAGGAUCUACUUCUGGGGUGAUUCCAAGACUGAAGACAAAGUUGAUCUCAGUCGGACAAUUGGAUGAACAGGGACUAGACAUCAAGUUUGGUGGUGGAAAAUGGAAGGUGAUCAAAGGAAAUUUGGUUAUUGCUCGAGGCUUGAAAAGAGGAUCGUUAUACAUGGUACCGGUGACGUCUGAGGGAGUGACCAACCCGGUAAAGACAGUUAACAAAGUCGGGCUCACUGAAUCGGGCAAAGCUAAGAAGGUUCACUUUGCAAACGUGAAUCUUGGAGUUUUGGGGAUGACAGUUGAGUGUGUUCGGAGGUCUGAAUCAGGUCAGGGGUUUUGUGACAGUGGGAACAUGGGACGUGUUCCGAGUACAGUUCUGAAACGUCGUUGGGUUUUGAGGACCAAGAAUCCGAACGUUAAAAUCUCUCCUGGGAAUAGUUUGCUGGAUUUGGAGAGUGGUAAUGGUCCUCGGUGUAUCUCUGGAUCCGGUGGAUUGUGCAAGCCGCCGGUUGAGACAGAGGCUGUGGCGGUUACAGUCACGACUGGGUUGGAGCUCGGUGGAGCUUCAACUGUCCUUUCAGGUUAUUAAUUAGGGGGGUGGUUGCAACUAGGGGAUAUAACUGGAGUCUUAACUUGUUCUUGGGAACUGGAGGCUUGGAGGACUUGACAGUGAAGAUUACUGAGUUACUCAUGAUGGGUUUACUUGGAUGGCAUUUGUGUCUAUGCGAAAUCCUUCAAGUGGGAGAUUGUUGGGUUAUUUGGUGAAGGCUUUAGAGCUUUGGGCUUUAAGCCUGGUCGGUUAAAGGGAAGAAAUAUGGGGGUCGGUU